UUUUUACCUUUAUUCGACAGAUGGUUUAUGAACCACAUCCAUAGUGAACAUCAGUUUACCUUGUAUCUCUUGAUAAAGCACCUUUAUUCACCUUACCACACUUCAAGUUAUACAGAGCCCCAGAACCACAAACAACUCAGCGGGCCGUGUUUUCUCAGUCAAGUAAACCUUCUGCAAAGCAGGUCUCCAGAUGGCACAAGUCAGGAUCCAGCAUUCGCUCAGUGAUGGGGAAAAAAACUACCUUUCUGGUAGAAAGCUUUGUGUUCAGAAAUGUCUGGUGAAGAACAACAUUCCUUGUACUUUGAGUAAGGUACCCAACAUCGCUAUACUUGGCUCUGGAGGGGGAGAGCGAGCCAUGGUUGGACUGCUGGGCUCCCUGUCCCAGAUGGGGGAGGCGGGGCUUCUGGACGCUGCCCUCUACAUGAGUGGUGUCUCUGGAUCAACAUGGUGCAUGGCUUCUCUUUAUGAAAAGCCUAAUUGGUCAUCAGACAUGGAGCAAAUAAAGGUUGUUGCGGAAAGACUUGGGCACGGCAGUGUCAGCCGAAAGGAAAGAGUUUGGCAUCUGAUCGGAUAUUAUCGAGCAAAUUUUUUCAAUUUCUCACUGACAGAUGUCUGGUCUGCACUGGUAGUGCCUGAGAUUGUCAAGAAAAUAGACAAAUCAACCCUCUCAAACUACCAAAAGUGCCAUGACAAAGAUCCAUAUCCCAUCUAUACAGUCAUCAACCAGGACUGCAAAUACGAACAUUUGCAACGCGAAACCUUCUUUGAGCUAACCCCCCAUGAGGCCGGGUACACUCUAGCUGGAGCCUUUGUGGAAACCUCCGAUUUUGGAAGUAUCUUUAACAAGGGCGUUCUGACAAGGAGAAAACCUGAGAUGGACAUGACAUAUCUUCAAGGUCUUUGUGGAAGUGCUCUUGCUGACAAGGAGGUCAUUCUGAAGAUAUUGAAGGAAUGGCUUGAAGGUGGGGAAAACAUGAAGGCAUUAAAGGACCACAAGGGUGUUCAGCUUCUUUCUACUGUGGUAGACCUUCAGCUCUGCCAGUACACCGUCUGUGACCCUGCUCCUCUGCUUAAGACCGCAAAUGAACUGCUACUAGGAAAGAUGGGUUUGGAUGGCUGUAUGCUGCAAUUGAACUUCGAUGGGAAGAACAGCGCAGACCAAAACGAACAGAUUCAGACAGUCACUUCAGCUGCCAGCAAGUUCUUUUUUGAAUGGAACAAGGAUUUGGUCAACCUUGAGGUUAGAGAGGAAUUGGAUGUUUUUGUGAAGACCCUUGAUAAAGUAACUGAGAAGUCACCCGAUAAACUAGUUGGAGGUGGCAGCAAGGUUGAUGAACUUUUGAAGAAGUUCAUCGACAGGGUCAAACAAGAGGCAGUGGCGUUGCAGAGCCAUGCUGGGCCGAGGUUAAUGCUCCAGGUGUUAGAACUGUACUACGGCAUCCACAGAGAAGAGGACUGGACUCAUUUGGUGGUUGAGUUGAAUACCCUUCUCAAAGGGAAGAAGACGGUGAGCGGUAGUGAUUUGAUGAUCAACGAAGAUGAGUGGCUCGAAGCAGAUCUAAAGUCCAGGAAGAAAUUGGCCCUUGGACUCUCAUUGGAAAUUUGCAAAUCGUUCUGGAGUUGGUUUCCUGGCUUGAAGAAUGUGAUCUGGGAUAUCAUCGUCAAGGAAAUAUUGAUAUUUGUCGAAGGGUUGCUGAAGUUAUGGAUUUGGGGAACCAAUUAUAAUUACCUCCACCGCGUGCACGCUCCACAUAUUGACAAAAGGCUUCUGCAGAGUGAAACCACUCACUUUGAGGAUGCCGGUUUGCUAGUCAACUCUCCCUACAUGAGUGCACUGAGACAUGAACGAGAAAUAGAUCUGAUCAUCUCCUUUGACUUCAGUGCAGGUAAUCCAAUGGAGACGUUGACUGAAACAGCUGAAGAGUGUAAGGAUUUGGGCAUCUCCUUCCCAAAGAUCCAGUACACAAAAAGUGACGUGAGCUCCCCGAAGGGUUUCUAUGUGUUCAAGGGGCUGAAGAAAGCCCCCACUGUAAUCCACAUUCCCUUAUUCAACGUUGACAACUGUGGGAGCAAGUUGGAGGAUUACAGAAAGAAGUAUGGCACAUUCCAGGGUGCUUACAGCCCAGAGAUGAUUGAGGAUCUGAUAAAGAAGGCCGGUGAAAAUGUCUUAAACAACAAGGAGACCCUGUUGAGGGUGAUCAAGGACAUUAUCGAGCAGAAGUGAUCCACU